AUGUUCAAAAUUAUAGCUCGACUACCGAGACGUUGGAAUUCACAAUCGGCAUCGAAGGUGCCACCAGUAAGACGAAUCUCGCUUCUUUCUACUCUUUUUGUCUCGGCAUCAUUUGCUACUGCUGGGUAUUUUAUAGGAAAAAGAGAGAUCACAAAGAAUCCUCCUGAAGACUUGUUCCCAUGGUCUUCAACGACGAAUUUGGAGAAGAUCGGGUCUCCCAUUUACGCUACAGAUGAAGAAUUGAAAGUUGCUGUCGAGGAUAUCAAAAAUGCUGUGGGUGAAGACCAUGUGAAAGAGUCGGUGGUGGAGAUCACCGCUCACAGUGAUAAUGGGUUCACACCACACCCACCAAAGCCUCAUGAGAAGCCAAGGUAUGUUGUCUAUGCAUUUUCGACAGAGGAAGUCUCGUCUAUCAUGAAAAUCGCUCACAAGUACAACGUGCCUGUUGUGCCUUACUCUGGGGGCAGUUCUCUUGAGGGGCAUACUUUUUCCACUCGAUGUGGGAUAGUCUUGGACACCAGUCGAAUGAACAAAGUGCUCAGAAUAAACCAUGACGACCUAGAUGCAACCGUUCAGGCUGGCGUAGGCUGGAUGGACCUCAAUGAGCACCUCACCAAUCAGAAGUUGAUGUUUGGCUGCGAUUGUGGACCAAGUGGGUUGAUUGGUGGAAUGGUAAACACGAACGCUUCGGGCGUUAAUGCAUCUAGAUAUGGAGCUAUGGUACACAAUGUCGUAUCGUUGACUGUGGUGCUUGCUGACGGAACUAUCAUAAAGACAAGGCAAAGACCUAGAAAAACCUCCUCGGGCUACAAUCUUACUGGUCUUUUUAUCGGCAGUGAGGGAACUUUGGGGAUCGUGACUGAGGCUACUGUGAGACUUCACGUCAAGCCUCUGCAUGAAACAGUUGCGGUUGGCCAAUUUCCGUCUGUCACUGCGGCCUCCAAGACCGUGGCAGAGCUUUUUCGAAAAGGUAUUCGUCCUGAAGCCAUUGAGCUUUUGGACGAGGACAUGAUGCAUUGUACAAACUACAGUGGUCAACUUACCAAGAAGUGGCUUGAGGUGCCUACCAUAUUUUUUAAAGUAGGCGGCCACAACAAGGUGGUCGUGGACGAGACGUUGCAGAUCAUCAAAAAGGUGUCGCUUGAAAACAAGUGCGCUGAUUUCAUCAUUGCGAAAAACAAAAACGAAGGGGAAGAGCUUUUCCAGGCUCGUAAGAAUGCAUUUUUUUCUAUUCUAGACUACGGCAAGAAUGAGAUUGACGAAAACGUGAGACUCUGGGUCACCGACAUUGCGGUACCACUCUCAAAACUACCUAAGGUUGUCGACGAGAUUCGUGCUCUCAUUGAUCGGUCUGGAUUUAAAUCGGUUAUUCUUGGACAUGUGGGAGACGGUAACUUGCAUGCUGACCUCUUUUACACUCCCGACCAGCUCCACGAGUGUCAUAAAGUAAUCAAUGAGAUUACAAUGAUUGGGUUGAGAAAUGAAGGAACAGCAAGUGGAGAGCAUGGGAUCGGAAAUGGCAAAAGAACGUUCCUCGCAUAUGAACUUGGUCAGGAAGCAGUAGACACCAUGAGAAAGUUGAAGCUAGCACUUGAUCCAAAAAGGAUUCUCAAUCCAGACAAAAUAUUUAAAAUUGAUCCUCAAGACAGAGGAGAAUUCUAG